AUGGGGGGAAAGACCAAAUCCCCUGGGCAGACGUUGCUCACAGCUUUGCCAUUCUCUUCCGAGAUCAUGUCCUACAAAGUACCCGGCGACUUUAAAUUUCCUGAACAAGCCACCUUCGAUGGAUCCGGAGAUCCGCGCGAACAUUUGCUUAGUUAUCAAGCCAAAAUGCAGGUCUUGGGAGUUCGAGACCCAGUGAUGUGCCGCGCCUUCUUGCCCACGCUGAAAGGCUCGGCACAAAGGUGGUUAGUGGCACUGCCUCCCAAGUCAAUUCACAGUUUCGAGGAGCUAGCCGACCGCUUCAUGAGCCACUACGCGGCCAGCAUUAAGCCCCUGAAGGAUCUGACUCACCUAGGAGACAUUCACCAAGAAGAAGGCGAAUCUCUGAAGACCUAUCUAGCUCGCUGGCAGAAAGUAAUCCAAUCCAUUGAGGAAGUUGAGGACCAGACUACUUUCACCUUCUUCAUCGAGUCUUUGCGGUCCGGUCAGCUAUACCGAGAUCUGCAGGACAACCGCCCGGCCACCUACGCGGAAGCCAUACACAUGGCCAGCAAGAGGGCCAACACGGAACAGGCUAUGAUGCACAAACGACAACGCGAGGUCGGAGGAUCCGCCGGUGGGAAGAGGACGCGAGCCGAAACAAAGGAAAGGCGCUCGGAAGUGGCCCGACGACCCGAUGCCAGACGGCCAUACGACAGGCCCGUCGUACACCCCUCUCGGCCGGUUCCCGAACGGCCAGUGCACAAAAUACAAGCAGUCGCUCCACCUCCGCCUCCGCCGAUUGACGACCACGCGGUAAGCGAUGAGGCAGCACGGAAGAGUGGUUCUAUUUGA